AUGGAAAAGUAUCUCAUUUACCUCGCCAUAUUCGUGGUGUCUAUGGGACUCUAUCGUUUCUUCCUGUAUCCUGUCUUUAUCUCUCCUCUUGCAAAAGUUCCAAACGCGCACUGGAGCAGCGGACUUAGUUCUGUUUGGCUUUACUCGAUGAAAUGGACAGGUAGAGAGAAUUCUGAAGUUUACCAAGCACAUCUGGCCAAAGGACCAUUGAUUCAGCUGGCACCUGGCCUCCUGAGUGUCAAGUCCAUUGACGAUGGGCUGAAAACCGUGUACCUGGGCGGUUUUCCCAAGCCGCCAUUCUAUUUCCACGGCUUCGCCGUUUACGGAAAGGGCAACCUUUUUACCAUUGUCGAUAAUGCCACGCAUUCGGCCCAGAAGAAAAUCAUGUCUCAUGCUUUCUCAAAAUCAAAUGUCUUGGCAUCGCAGUCCGCUCGCAUCGCUACACGAGAUGUCCUGUUCGAUCGGGUUCUCCCCAAGCUGCACAAGGCUUCAAUAAACGACAGCCCCAUUGAGAUAAUCGAGUUCAACUACAGCUACUACCUGGACACGUUUGUGCAGUGGCAAUUUGGGCAUUCGUUGAGAAGCAACCUUGUCGAAGACGAGCAUGAGAGAAGGCUCUACCUGGAUGGAUUCUUUGGUCCUGCCGGCUUCACCUUUUGGCAAUACUACUUCCCAAAUCUCUCUGCAAACCUUCGCCGGAUUGGAAUAUACCUGAUUCCCAAGUGGGUGGAUACGGGCUUUGCAGCCGUGGAGAAAUGGAACCUGGACAAGUGCGACCAAGCGCAGCAACUCCUCGCCAGCGGGCAAGAUGUGCCCGUCGAGGAUCAAUCACUGCUCUUUGAAAAGGCCCUCAAAGGCAUGAGCAGAGUGGAUACCAAACCAAGAGAGUAUCCGAAUCGUUUGGAACUCGCGAGUGACAUGUUCUCGCUCAACUCGGGCGCCUUUGAGACGAGCGGAAACACGACUACUUACCUGUUCUACGAAAUGUGCAGAAACCCCCAAUGGCAGACACGCCUCCGGAAAGAGCUGAUGACUCUCAAGGUGCCCCCUAUACAUGUGCCGGGAACCAGAUUAGAUCCUGAUGACAUCACGAGCCCACGGGACCUCGAAGAAUUACCCGUGCUACAGGCAGUCAUCAUGGAGACUCUGCGACUGUGGCCAUCGGUGCCCGGUGGCCAGCCUCGUGUAGUUCCGAAAACGACUUCGCUAGGCGGGUACCAUGACAUCCCAGCUGGAACAGUUGUUCAAGCCUACGCUUCCGUCUUGCACCGGGAGCCCGAGGUGUUUCCCGAUCCUUUUGCUUGGAAACCAGAACGAUGGCUAGAGUCUUCGAAAGAAGAACUUGCCGUGAUGAAGAGGUGGUUUUGGGGUUUUGGCAGCGGGAGUCGCAUGUGCAUAGGCAGUCAUUUCGCCUACUAUUCGAUCAAGUUUUUAGUGUCUAGUGUUUACACAAAUUUCACUACCACGAUACACGAUCAUGGAGACAUGGAACCCAAUGAUGGUUAUCUAGCUGGACCAAAAGGGCACCGUCUUGAAAUCAAGUUUCACAAAGUGGAAGAUGGACAAGACGCUAGAAUUUAG